CAAAUAAAUAGGGGUCGGCUCUUCCCUAACCCAGGUAUCCUCACAGGCAACCAAAGCAAACAAUCCUUACAAACUUGUUCAUCUUUCCUCAAUAGUAAGCCAUGGAAGAGAAUCAAAAUGGCCCAAAAUCUGUAGGAAUACGUCAGAAAAUCCUCAGUGCAUUUACUCAUGUCUUUCCUGUUUUCAGAAAAGUUCGUCGCAGUACAUCAUCUCGCGAACAAGUUCCCAAACCUGCUUCAUCCCCUUCUCCAAACCCAAAAAACAAUGAAAUUCAAACCAAACCUCCUGCCCCUGAACAUCCCAAGUCUUUACAAGGUUUCCAACACCUUGAACACAUUGAAGUUCCUGUCGAGUUUGACCACUCAAGCCUGCACUCUCCAGACGUCAGAGCCAAACCAGCAACAGUACCACAUUUUCCCAUCCAAGGAGACAAGGCUGCUUCGGGAGAUGAGGAGAAACAAAAGCCCAAGUUAGAAGCACCGGAAAAAACACUCGCCGAUGAGGUGAACCCAGGACUGGAUAUCAACGACAGGUCUUUCUAUUACAUUAAACAUGCAAAGAUGAAGAUAAUCAGAACUGGGUCGAAGGUUGGAGGGAGGAAGAAAGCGACGUCCGGACUGCAGGAUGAUGACGCUCAAGAUACAAAGAAAAGAGAUCAGGGUGCUAAAGAUGAUCUCUUUUCAGAAUACAUCAAUGGUGCUAAGACGAGGAUCAGAACUACGCCGAGUAUGAAAAGUGGAAGGAUUGUCUCCUUCAACCGAAAGUAAGAGAAUUCAAAUCAAUUGGAUCCGGAUAUCAUCGACAUCUCAUGCAUUAAAACUAUUUUUAUAAACAUUUAUUUUUAACUAAUAAUACGACAUGUUACGAAAGAUGAGAAAUACGACAUGUUAUGAAUGGUUUGGCUUUA